AUGUUCCCCCCAAUGCCCUCUCAGGAAGAUCCUGAGCCUGUGAUGCAGAUGUUCAGUCAUUUGCCGCCGCUUCCCUCACCUACUAUUACCUCUGGAAGUCUCUCCGUUGACAAUGUGGUCCACGACUUCGCUAGUUCAUAUGGAAGCAGUGAUUAUAUGGAGUUACCAACCUUCAGCAGUAGUUCAUACAAAAAUAGUGAUUACAUGGAGCUACCAACCUUCGGUAUGUAUGAUGACAACUCGAAUGUCCAACCCUCAUCCUCGACUGGCACUCCUUCAUAUUCUUUAAGGCCAUACCUCACUGACGCACCACCCUCUUCGCCAAUCUCCUCAUGGAACCAUUUGGAGGCACAGAAUUACAGUUCUCCUCCUCGCUUUCGGCCUCGUGACACAUUCGAAAGCUUUCAAUGGCAGACAGCUGCACCUGACGUAACUCAGCCUUCUCUGCAGCCUUUUAUCACCUCUGAGUCUCCCAAAUUCAACUUCCCUCCGAUCUCUGCCCCAGUCAGUUCCUUUUUGGAUGUCCCACAACACGUCACAGAGCUGUUGGGCACGGAAUCUGUGAUGAAUGAAACUGCUGCAGCGGAAUCUGUAGCCACAAUUGUCGUCAAUGUGGUCGUCCCUCAUGUGGUGGUUCCUCCGGCGGUUGGUCCAACAAUUGUUGCUGACCCAGUGGCAACUCCUCAAAUGGAUCCUCCGGCAAUUGUUGCCAACAUAGUAGCUCCUCAAACAGUUGCCGCUGACAUGGCGGUCCUCCCAGUGGUGAGGAAGACUGGGCGCGUUUGCACAGAGACAACACGACUCAUGCAGGCCGAUAACAUUGGCCAAAACAUGAAGCAAACGAGGCCCGCUGCCGGAUCAAGCGGACCUACAAAGAAGAGGCAGAAGUAG